AUGUGGCUGCAGAACCUGCUGUUCCUGGGCACUGUGGUUUGCAGUAUCUCCGCACCCACCCACCCACCCAGCCCCGUCACCCGGCCCUUUCUACAUGUGGAAGCCAUUAAAGAAGCCCUGAGACUUCUGAAACAGAGCAAUGAGCCUGCUGCUGUGAUGGAUGAAACAGUAGAAGUCAUCUCCGAAGUGUUUAACCCCCAGGAGCCGACAUGCCUGCAGACCCGCCUGGAGGUGUUUAUGAAGGGCCUUCGGGGCAGCCUCACCAGGCUCGAGGGUUCCUUGACCUUGAUAGCCAGCCACUACAAGCAGCACUGUCCCCCUACCCUGGAAACUUCCUGUGCAAUCCACAAUACCACUUUCGAAAUUUUCAAAGAGAACCUGAAUGAUUUUCUACUUAUCACCCCCCUUGACUGCUGGAAGCCAGUCCAGAAGUGA